AUGAAAUCCCAUCCAGGUGCAGGGACCGUGAUGCUGCCCGUGGCGCUCUGUCUCAGUCUGGUCCCUGUGUGUUUUGGAGCGGCACUCCCUGUGGCCUGUGGUUCCAUCUACAAGAGUUUUGCACAAUGUUUGCUCACAUUGGGCGACAGUUUGGUGGAAACACAAAAAGACCAAAACACACAGGAUAUUGAUUCAAUAUGCAGGUCUUGGAACGCGUUCCAUGUUUGUGCCAACUCAGCUCUAGCUGGCUGUCCUGGAGAUGCAACAGCUGUGUGGGAGUCUCUGAGGCAAGAGUCCAGGAAGACACAGUUUUCUGGAAACCUCUACGACAUGUGUGCCAGUCGUACUACCCUCCCCUCCAGCACCGUGCCUGCACCCCAGGGAGCCCCCACCUCUGACCAGAUGAACCAGGAGACGCUGAAAGGGCAAAGCCACAAGCAUAUCCCCGCCCCCAUCACGCUGCUGUGCCCUGUGUUCCUCAUUCUUCUCAGGAGUUAG